UCCUAUGUUUGUGCAAUGUGAAUUCCUGGUCUGGUCCAUUUCACUGAAGGAAUUGUCCAGAAUUCAGGCUGUCAGCCUCCAGUUCAGGGAUGCACCUGUUCUGGGGGUGGGAGAUCAGCCUGAGCCAGGCUCCUCCCCUCAUUACAGACACUGUCCCUAAUUGGAUUGACGGGAGGUCUAUGUUAAUGAAGGUUAGCCCCACACGCCGCUCCCCUUCGUGCACCUGACUCUCCGAUAUUUUCCACAAGUGGGCUUAGGUUUCCCGUUCCACUUGUUCUCCCACUGGUCUUCUAUGUCACUUUUAUUCCCUCCAUCUGGAAAGCUCAGCUAACGGAUUUCAGAUUCCAAAGAGCUGGAGACUGAAUGCUGUCUUUACAGGAAGAAAAGCAGCAGAAGCAGUAGUUAUGCCCCGUUCUUUCCUCAUUAAGAAGCAUUGCAGCACCAAAAAGCCCAACUACAGCCAGCUGGAAAUUCAGAAUGCAACAGCCUUUUCACCUUAUAUGUAUAAGGGUUUGGCAUUUCCACUGAUGCCCCAGGUUGAAGUGCUCACUCCCAUCAUUUGUGACCCACCAAAACUGUGGGACAGAGCUCCUAUUAGUCUCCGGGUGUGUCUGCCCCCUCCUCCAGAUGCCAAUGUUGGAACAGAAACAAUAUUCAGUAGCCAACCAAGCCUGGAGAUCAGUGUUAAGGAAUGCACGGCUGUCAGAGGCAGCAGCACCCCACUAAGAGAUACAGUGAAUGACCUUAACCUGUCCCUUUCUACAAAAGCCAAAAGAAGAACCACAAACAAUGGUGCAUUAAAAGGAGACAGCAACACUGAGGAAAAAACCCUUGAAGUUGAAAGCACUGCUGAAGCAAUCCAGGAGAAAUUUGAGUGUUUUCACUGUCGCAAGGUGUACAAUACUUUAUCUGGGCUAUCUAAACACAGACAGCUUCAUUGUGAAUCACAGACUAGAAAAUACUUUAACUGCAAGUAUUGUGAUAAGGAAUAUGUCAGCCUGGGUGCACUAAAGAUGCACAUAAGGACACACACACUGCCCUGUGUCUGUAAAAUCUGUGGUAAAGCCUUCUCAAGACCAUGGCUGUUACAGGGACACAUCAGAACACAUACAGGGGAGAAACCUUUUGCCUGUCCUCAUUGUAGCAGGGCUUUUGCAGAUCGCUCAAACCUCCGAGCCCACCUGCAGACACACUCUGAUGUGAAGAGAUACCAGUGCAAGAGCUGUUCAAAGACCUUCUCCAGAAUGUCUCUUCUUUCCAAACAUGGGGAGGCUGGUUGCUGUCUUACAUCUUGACAAAGAUUUUUGAUUCUUCGAUCAAAAAGACGACCUAUUUUGUAACAAGCUGAAGGCAUAACUAUUAUAUGUUGUGCCUGUUUUUAGCAUUAAAAGAAUGAAAGUACAUAUGAAAUACUUACUGGCUCGCCAAGCUCAAAAUAGUUCAUGCUGACUCAAGCUUGCAGUUGGCAUUUUGCACUAGUAUAAAUCUGAACUAAGUUAGUUGUGAUAAAAUUUUCUUGUCAACUGUGUGAAAAUAUAACUUGGUUAUAUUGGAUAUUUCAUAGUAACCUAAUAUUAAAAGCAAAUACAUGUACUCGGUGAAAGUUGAAAUGUGCUUUCCCACUCUUUCUUAGAUAAAGAUGACAUGGUGUUUUGCAAAAUUGAAAAGGUAAACUUGAAAGGAGAAUAUGAUUUCUGUAAAAUUGAAAUGAUACUGAAAGGAAUGUGUGGUCCAGGCAGGAGAAUAAAGCAUUAUUCUUUCAAACUUUGUCAAUAGUCAUGAGGACUGCCCCACCCUUUUCUCUUACCUGCCCCUGAAGUCUGUGGAAAAAGAAAAUGGCCUGAAGGUGUUUCAUUCCUCCUGCCAGCCAAAUUCAAAUGUUUGUGCCACUCACCAAUAAUUCCUCCACUGUCAAUAAACAUGAAUAUGUUUAGUCAAAA